AAUUUUGUUGAUUUUACAUAAUUUUUCAUAUUUCCCCUUUUGUACAUCAACAGAAGUGUUUACUAUCACAUUCACUUUUUAUAUGUGAUGUAAAGGAAACAUCGCUAAUUAGGUCAUACCCUAAAUGCCUUGACUGUCACAUGGUCUGACGUCAUAUCCAAAACAAAAAUAUUGGGGCACUGACUUUGAUAGUUUCAGAUUGUGCUGAAGGAUAAGUGUCGACCAUGGAAAAUUCAAGGACUCGAAGCAAUGACGAUGAUGUCCAACGAGCAGAGAACAUGUUCAAGAACAUUCUGAAUCCAAUUGAACCUUUAGUGAUGCGCAUUCAGAGUUUGCUUGUGUGGGAAUAUCCAAGAAAAAGCGCUGUCCUAUUUAUUUGUGUUCAUGGAAUAUUUUGGUUUUUCGCAGUGAAAGGAUGCCAGUUUUACUCCAUCGCCAGUACCACCCUCUUCAUAGUGUACUUGGUUCUGACGUGGAAGUUAAAAAUAUGGCCAAAAAUUUAUCGGUUUUUAGCAGCAGUAGGGUGCCGAUUUUAUUUUGUGGUCAGUACUGUCACCUAUAUUGUUUAUUUGGUACGGACAUGGAAACACAAGAUAUGGCCAGAGAUCCGAGUGCCUCCAGCUGUUCCAGAGGACCCUGACAGCUGGACGCCGGUACAUCCUCGUCUGCUGAGUGUUCCUGAACUAAGUAAAUACAUGGCUCAUCUAUGGUGCUCAUGUUCAAACAUUUUACAUUAUUGGCUGGCGUUUAGAAGAGCAUAUCCAUUUUUGUUUUGUGUUGUGAGCAGUAUGUUUUUCUUAACUCUGGCUCUGAUUGGGCAUUAUAUACCAGGAAUAAUGCUAGCUUAUAUAAUAGUUAUCAGUAUGUUGCUGUGUCCCAGUGUUCUUUAUCACAAUCUCCUCAAGAGAGUCUACCUCAAAUUUGAACCAAUAUUCAUGAAAAUGGACUAUUCCAUCAAGCUGAAGAAUAAAUGGUCUUUCAAAGUGCCCCGGUCCUCCAAGUCGGUUGACAGUACUGGUCAGAUGGAAAUUUCUGAGACUGACAGCGAGACAGAGUUCACACCAUCCCUUGACCCUGUAACCACCGCAGCGCUGGCCCGUGCCAUUACUGACAGUGAGGACGAGAGUCUGGACCCUUCACUCUCAACACCCCUCCUGUCCAAGGAACCCUCUAUAGAUUUGGAGGACGAAGAUGACCAAGAACGCCAGGUCGAUUUGGACGUAGAUUUUGAGGAAGGGAUCCAGGAGAUGCCAUCAUUUGAUGACGUAUUAGAUAACACAGAUGAUGAACUGCUUGAGCUGCAUAUUCCGAAAAAACCUUCUAAACACAGACGACAGAAACAGGAAGAUAUGAACUUCGUAUCGGAACAUUUUGGUGACACAUCUGACUCGGAAGAAGAGGGAAACGACUUGAAUUUCCCGUCUCUGAUGUCAGAUAGUAUGUUAAUACCAGACUCAGACUCCGGAGGUAUCUUAUCGUCUGGGGCUGGUGCUUUUGUUUCAAACACUCUGUCAUCUGUUGUCGGAUCUGCACUCGGAUCUGCUUUGUCUGGCAUAUCAAACUUGAAACCAACCUCCACCAGGGGAGAAAACUCUUAUAACGUUCCACAAAGUGUAUCAUACAAACAACAGUCCGGUGAUGAAGUAGACUUCAACGUGCCCUCUAACAAUGACAAACAGACAGGACCAGGUCAUCAACAGGAAGCAGAUGAUGCUAGUGACUUAGACAUUGGAGAGGAGUUCGAGUUUUUGGACCAGUAUGACUUGGAAGAAGAGGAAAAAUAGCAAAAAUCUGUAAUGAAUUAUCUGCAUUUUAAGUAAUGCUUCAAGGUUGGAUUUUAUGCAGCUAUUGUUUUUAAAAUCUACAAGUUAAAUGUAAAAAAAAAUAAAGUGAUGUGUGACAGCGAACAUAAUUGCAAUGGAAUGUCAAAUUUUGCUAUUAAGGUUAACACAAACUUUUUCAUCCAUUCCUUAUAUGUCUUAAAUGUAACUAUUUGAAAUCUGGUCACACAAAACAAUUUGAAAAUCUGGUCUCAAAAAACAAUUUUGACAAAAUUUAAAUAACCCGGUUAUAAAGUGAUAUUCAUAUUUUAUCAAGUCACAAACUCAUGCCAUACCAGAUAUGUUAUAUAAUUUAGAUGUUUCUUAAAGUAGUACCUCCUAUGUUAUGUGCCAGUAUUGGGUUGUUAGACUACAUGUAUCUCUUCAUGCAUGUGCAUAAAAAAACUGUACUUAAUAUACUUUGAACGCUGUUGCAUACAUGCCAUACUUUCAUGAGACCAAUAAGGGAGAUGGAUGAUUAUUUUAAGGGAGUUUUGCCUAAAAUAAGGGAGAUUUGUGCGCAACAUAAAUAUCGACAUUUUUAACCCAUUUUUGUGUCGCCUUUGAAAAAGGAGACAUAUAGGUAUAACUUUUCGGCGGCGUCGGCGUCGUCCGGAAAAUGGUUUUCGUGCGAUAACUUUAGUAGUUUAGAACGGAUUAAUUCGAAACUUCAUGGGAAGGUUCAUUACCAUGAUAGCUCGAACAAGUUCGAUAACCAAAAUUAUUCGCACCUUUUUAAAAGAGUUAUAGCCCUUUAAUUUUUUGCGAAAAUGGUUUCCACUCAAUAACUUGAAUAAUUAUUGCAGGAUUAAUUUGAAACUUCAUGGGA